GUUGCCUUGGCAAGCGACCAUGGAUCCCAUGGUAUUCCUUUUCUUGGUGUUGAAAAGCCUCAUCCAGUACCCACAGCCCGUGGCUGACGGUUUGGAUGAGGAAACACGUCUGCGCAUGGAAGCGCGUGCCAAGCUCCUGGAAUGGGAGAGGCUUCAGUUGGAGCAGGAGGUGGAACAGCUCACCCAGGAGCAGGGGAAGCAGGUGCAGCUCUUGCAGCUCUUAGCUGUUGCUGUGCUCCUGGCUCUUGUCUUGCUCCUGUGGUUCAUUGCGUGGAAAAGCAGCCAGAGGAGAGAGGAGGAUGAAGAAGGAAACCGUGGUGCCAAUGAAGAGGAAGUGGGCAACGUUGGAGCAAAUGAAGAAGACAAUGUCGGAAAUGUAGAUGUCAAUGCGGCUGUAAUUGCAGAAAACAACGAUGAUGUUGCAAAUGAAGCCCUAGCAUAUGAUUUUGAUGAUCACGUUGGACAAGUUAUAAUGGAGCGCAUCCAGUGGCCUGUACAGGACCUGCAGAGAGGCUGUGAAUGGACAACUCAGCUCAUGGACAAUUAUACAAUUUACUUUGGGCAUGUCUUGUCCAACAGCUUCUACCCAGUCCUGCAACGAGCCAUCGGGGUGGGCAGUGCCUUUGAAGGCUGGAGUCCCCGUGAACAGGAUGUCAUCUACAGCGUGGUCAUCCCCAUGACUCCUCCCCGAGGCCACAGCUUCCACCUGGAGCUGGAGAGUGAAGAGCAGAGGCACGUGAGGAACUUCCGUGUCCGCGUGCAGCUGGAAUGCACCUGCAGCAGGGAGCAGCAGGCUGAGGACAUGCUGUGCUUCCUGCACCACCCCGAGGAGGAGCUGAGGAGCAAUCAGGAUCCCAGCCUCCUAGACACCCUGUGCACCGGUUCCUACCUUGAUGUGCAGAAAACUGCCCGCUGGUUCCACCAGCUGGUGAGAGCAGUCUGGCCAGCUUUGCCUCAAUCACACAACUGGCAUUUAACACUGCUGCCCUCCACACGCUCCUGCCAGCUCAAGGUGACCUACGGCAAGGAAAUCUUCAGGAUUGAGAUGCUCUUCGGGGUGCGGAGAGGUGACUCAGCCGUCUUUGUGUGCAGCCAGCCCAGAGAGGCCUACACAGCAAACACAACCUGGCCCGAGUCGUACGCUGUGGCAGAGGUUGAGUUCUUCCAGCACAUUGCCAGGCAGGCCCCCCCUGACAGCCUGCACCUCAAAUGCCUGCAGUUCUUCACCCGUCUUCCGCUGGGCUUUGGCUUUUCCACCUACACCAUGAAGACCAUUGUCAUGCACCUGCUCAGUGUGGCACCCGUCUCAGCGUGGCGCAGGAGGAACCUCCUGGAACGACUGCAGGAUAUCAUCAAUAACCUGCACUUAUGUCUGAGAGAAAAACGCCUCCAGCACUUCAUUGUGGGCAACCAGAGGUUUCCUCAGGACAUCAAGUUACCUGCUGAUGUUCAAAGGGCUGAGCCAUACAAUCUCUUCCAUCGCCUGGAGCAGCAGCCGGAUGCCCACAGCCAUGCGCUCUAUGAGUACGACAUUCUAGAAAAGUGGUUCAAAAGAAUCCUUCUUGGUGAGGAUUGACCCAAUGAAGGGGAGAAGUCAUGGCUAUGAGCACAGAGCUGUGCUUGUGCUGCUGGCAUCAGCCGCGCUACUGGCAGGAGAGAGCCACCUUGCAGUGCUCAUUUGGUGCUUUAAGGAGAAGAGGAUGCAUGCAAAGUCUCUGGCGAAGGUCCCACAGCAUGUCCUGCCAUGUCUGCAAGUGAAGGGCUACAGGAGGGGUUUUUCUACCUCCUUUUAUAGUUUCAUUUUCCAAGAGGAGGAUGUCAUUAACCCCCUGUUUACGUGUGAACUCUGCCAGUGCUGAAAAAGCACAUUAAUAGAAGACGUGCCGUACAUGCAGGGCCAAAGUCACAAAACCUGCCCUGCAAAAUGGAGCUGUUCCUGGCCCUUGAAAAAGGGCAAAAUUUAGAGCAUGGAAGAAGUGGGAAUGUGGGAGCGAAAGAAGAACAAACAAACAGGACAAAAUCGACCAAGAGGACAAAUCAACACUGCUGGCCCGGGAUGAGUCAAUGCAUGAAGCUUCUCCUUGUUCGUGGACGGAACGCCUUUGCAUCUGCAUUGGAAAAAUGGUGAUGGAGCACUCCGGAAAUUUGCCAGACAUAUAAGAAUCUAGAUGCUUAUUUCAUAUAUUUCUAGUGUAUAAUUAUUAUAUACUAUAAGUUUUAUAAAUUACAUGUUCUUGUAAAUUUUCAUAAAAUAAUAUAGAAAUAUGGAUAAUGUCAAAGGUAUGAAAUAUUUAGUUAUUUAUGGCAGGAUAAAAUGUAAAUUUGAAGAGUUGAAAGUGUAAUUACAUUUAAAUAGUAACAGUAGAACAUCGAUUUAGUGUCAGUACCUGUUGCGACACAUUCGAUUUCUUUGUACAUUUAUAUCUGGAAUGUUUUUCAUUAAAAAGAUAUAUUUAUAACAUAUAUAACAUGCAUAGAAUAUAUACAUUCUGUAUACAUUAUAUAUUUAUAUAUUUGUUUAAUAUGUACUAUAUACCCAGUGCAUAUAAUAUAUUAUAUAUAUGAUAUAACUUUUAUACACAUGAAAAGCCAUAUUUAGUCUCGCUAUCUGUUGCGACCCAUAUUAAUGCUCUAGAGUUAGGGCAUUUAUGAGUGGCAAGCUUGAAACUGCUUUCCUCUUGUUUCAAUAAAAUGCAAUUCUGCAAAA